AUGCCAGAGGACGUCACGUGACUACGGAGGCUAUAUGUUCCAUUUCCUCUUUACUAUUUAGACAGUUAUCUAACGUUACAUUAUACGAACACAUUUAAAAAAAACAACCAACAAUUAACACAUUUUAGUGUGUAAUUUGAAGUAAUAUUUCGGCUGGACAAUUAAGUCAAUCCUCGCGACCUUUCACCUUUGACAUUGUCUGUGUCUUUUCUCAGCACAAACAAGCGCAGGCGUGACUUUCUGGACGUAAACCACCUUGCGGACUAGGCCGUGGCUUUACUCAAGCCCUGCACGUUUAAUGCAAACCUCCACACUACGUUGGACACUGUCUGAAGACGACGUUAAAGUCUGCGAAUGGCCUCUGAAUAAUGCACGGCGGUGGGAAGGUUGUCCUCUCCAGUACAGUAGCUCGAGGCGGGGCAGAGCUCUGCGUGGGCCGUCGGCAUGCAGCAGAAAGGUACCAUCCAGAUCAUCGAAUGGGAGGACCUGGACAAGAGGAAGUUCUACUCCCUGGGGGUGUUCAUGACCAUGACCACCCGGCUCACGGUGUACCCCGCCAGCCUCAUCCGCACCCUUCUGCAGGUGCAGAGGGGCAAGGCGCUGUACACGGGCACGCUGGACGCCUUCUGUAAGAUCCUGCGCGCCGAGGGCCUGCGCGGCCUGUACCGCGGCUUCAUGGUCAGUACCUUCACGCUGGUGUCGGGGCAGGCCUACAUCACCACCUACGAGCUGGUGCGCAAGUACGCGUCGCGUUACUCCCCCAGCAACACGGUCAAGUCCCUGGUGGCCGGGGGCGCUGCCUCGCUGGUGGCUCAGACCAUCACGGUGCCCAUCGACGUGGUGUCCCAGCAGCUGAUGAUGCAGGGCCAGGGCGAGCACCUGACCCGCUUCAAGGUCAAGGCGCCGGCCGCCGCCUCGUCCUCGUCCAAGCGGGGGCGCUUCUCCUUCGGGCAGACCCGGGACAUCGUGGUGCAGAUAUGCGCCGCCGACGGGUUCCGCGGGUUCUACCGGGGCUACGUGGCGUCGCUGCUCACCUACAUCCCCAACAGUGCUCUCUGGUGGCCCUUCUAUCACUUCUACAGCGAGCGCCUGUCGAACCUGGCGCCCAGCAACUGUCCUCAGCUGAUGGUGCUGGCCGUAGCGGGACCAAUGGCGGCCGCCACCGCCUCCACCAUCACCAACCCGAUGGACGUGGUUCGGGCCAGAGUGCAGGUGGAGGGACGCUCCUCCGUCAUUGACACCUUCAAGCAGCUACUGGCGGAGGAGGGGGCUCGGGGGAUGACCAAGGGGCUGUCGGCCCGCAUCAUCGCCGCCAUGCCCACCUCGGUGCUCAUCGUGGUGGGCUACGAGUCCCUGAAGAGACUCAGCCUGAGGGCCGACCUGGUGGAGAGCCGGCACUGGUGAACGGAUCAGCACCGGUCCAGUGUCACACCAGAAGAACGUACUGUAUACGGAGCCCUGGUGGAAUGAGCAGACACUGGUGGAAUGAACAGAACCGGUUUCAGUGUCACACACCAGACCGCUUACUGUAUACUGGACCCUGGCAGAGACAGCAGAAAUUGGUGAACGAGGCCGAACCAGAUUUUAGUACCGGACAGGGUCACUUGGUUCACCCAGGUGGUGAACAGAACCAAAAUGGUUUGAUUUCUAGCCAGAACACUUCUCCAGGGCCCAGGGUACAUCCAAAUGAAAGGGGAGAAAUAAACUAUACAAAGCGCUCCAGACUGAAACAAAAACACCUUAAUCUCCUCUGCCCACCACUUUUACCGGUAGAGGUAUCUUGGUGUUAACUUUUCAAAGCAUUCUAGAAUCAGAGUUAAAUGACUAUGUAGGGUAAAUUAGAUUUAACAGUUUCUGCUAAAUCUGUUUAUUGGUUCUGCGUGUUUCACAGCUGCUUUAUUAUAGUUAUAAAGUUAUGGGCUAGGCUCAAACUGCCAUUGUGGAAAAAGCCAUUUUAUUUCUCUUUAAAAAAAAAUAUCAAAACGUAUGUAUAGCAAUUUUGGGUGACUAAUACGUUUAGGAUUUGUUGGGAGAAAAGAAAGCUUUCAUAGUGUCAACUAUUUUUUAAAAUAUCCUUUUAACGACUCCAAAGUACCUCUGGCCUCAAAGCACCCUUGGGGAAAAAAGAGAAGCUUAAAAUCCAGUAGUUGUGUGUUGUUUUCACAUUUCUUGUCACAUUUGAUGUGUUGAAAGAACCUAGGGUGUUUGUUCAAAAAAGGUUGAUGGUAGGUACCACAAGUCUUUUCUAUCAGAAAACCACAUGUAUUGUCAAGCUAGUAUAUGACAUUGGUAAAGCAGAAACAUAUCCUUUCUCAAGGUAAAUCUUUAUCAUGCAUAUAUUUCUGUAUGGUGCAUUCCAGUGGACUUUAGAAUCUUAUAUGCGCAGAGGUGGUUGGUUUAGAUGUGAAGAGAAUAAUAUGUUAGUUAUUCUGGCACAUCCAAUCUGCAAGUUGCUCCUAUGCCUUGGAAAUAGCAUAUAUACAAAAUUCCAAUAUGAGCGACUGAUUGUUCACAACUGAUACCAAUGUAUAUUGUUCAAUAGUUCACUUAUUUUCCUUGUUAAUGCAAAAUUUGUGUGGAGUUGGUUUCGACCCAAAAGCACAAUACCACGUUCAAUGUGCUUUGUAUGCCAUUUACAAGAGCCUUUCAAAGAGUUGUAAAUUGGUCUCACUGCCUUAUUUUUCUAUCAUCUUGAUUUACCUUUGAAUUUGAAAAUGAACACCUCCUUACCGAACUGUAGAGGUGAUUAUGUGAUGUUCACAGGCACGCUUUAUGUAAUGUGUGCCAGAGCACUCUUAACUCAAGACUUUUAUCUCUUACUUUCCAUCCAAAACUACAAGGAAGCUAUUUGGAUAUGGUCAAUGCAACACUGCAAUUUUCCACCAGGUAUUUGAGGUUUUAUGAUUUUAGCCUAAGCCAUUUUGUCACUGGAAAUAAGUUUUUAACAUAAGUAUAAUGUAAGUAAUUUUGAAAGUUUGACCUGUCAAGACGGAUAUACGUUAUAGAAGAAAAUGAAAAUGAGUGUCGCUAUAUGUAAACCUCAGAUGAUUAUCGAGACAUGCAGAAAAACCAAGCUUAUUGUUUGUGUUGUAUUUGGUAUCAGCCAUGUUGUACAUGAGGACUCAAUAAAGGACGGCUGGCCAAACUGUCAAA